AUGGAGUCAGCAGCAUCAACGACUGCUGCAUCUCCUGCUGCAGCAGCAGAAACACCACAGCCUUCAACAGGAGCAGCAGAUGCAGCAGAAGCGCCAACAGCAGCAGCAGCUGCUGCUGCUGCUCCUGCUGCAGCGGAUAUCGCUCUGCUGCUUCAGCCCCUAGACUAUCCCUUCAUCCCACCAGAGCAACGACUGCAAAGCCGCAGCAGCAGCAGAAGCAGCAGCAGCAACAGCAGGUAUAGGAUGCGUUGCAGCCAAGAAGAUUGCUGCAGCACCAGCUUGCGUCAGGUUGAGUUCUUUUACUCACCUGUUUUAUCUUCGGCACCUCCAAAGCCUCCUGCUGCAGCAAAGCCGCCUCCUGCUGCUGCUGCAGCAAAGCCUCCCACUGCUGCAGCAAAACCUCCUGCUGCUGCAGCAAAACCUCCUGCUGCUGCAGCAAAACCCCCUGCUGCUGCAGCAAAGCCUCCUGCUGCUGCAGCAAAACCUCCUGCUGCUGCAGCAAAGCCUCCUGCAGCUGCAGCAAAACCUCCUGCUGCUGCAGCAAAACCUCCUGCUGCUGCAGCAAAACCUCCUGCUGCUGCAGCAAAACCUCCAACUGCCGCAGCAGCAAAGCCUCCUGCUGCUGAAGCAAAACCUCCUGCUGCUGCAGCAGGAAAACCUCCUGCUGCUGCUGCAGCAAAACCGCCAGCUGCUCCAGCAGCGAAGCCUCCAGCUGCAGCAGCAGCAAAUCCCCCUGCUGCUACAGCAAAACCUUCUGCUGCUGCAGCAGAAAAAUCUCCUGCUGCUGCUGCAGCAAAACCGCCAGCUGCUCCAGCAGCGAAGCCUCCUGCUGCUGCUGCAGCAAAGCCUCCAGCUGCUGCUACUGCAGCAAAGCCUCCAGCUGCUGCAGCAGCGAAGCCUCCUGCUGCUGCUGUUGCAGCAAAAUCACCUGAUGCUGCAGCAAAACCAUCUGCUGCUGGAGAACCUCCUAAGUCAGGCCCUGCUGCUGCAGCGAAGCCGCCUGCGACGGCAGCAGCAAAACCAACCGCAACUGCAGCAAAGUCACCGGCUGCUUCUUCUGCUGCAGCUAGCCCGCCUGCUGCAGCAAAGCCCCCUGCUGCUGCUGCGGCAGCAAAGCCCCCUGCUGCUGCUGCGGCAGCAAAGCCACCUGCUGCUGCUGCGGCAGCAAAGCCACCUGCUGCUGCCGCAGCAAAGCCACCUGCUGCUGCUACAGCAAAGCCACCUGCUGCUGCUGCAGCAAAGCCUCCUGCUACAGCAGCAAGCCCGCCUGUUGCUUCUUCUGCAGCAAGACCACCGGCUGCUGCUGCUGCUCAACCAGCAAGCCCUCCUGUUGCAACAGGAUCCCCUGCAGCAGCAGCAGCAGUAGCAACAUCAGCAGCAGCAUCAGCAGCAGCACAGCCUCCCUCUUCCGAAAGCGAUGCUUCAGGGCGUCGAGUGCUGGUAUUUAGAGAUGACCAACCCCAAAAAAUGUUUCAGGCCUUUGCAGAGGCCUCGGCGAGUCGGGCGGCGGCCAUGUUGGCUGCUCAGUCUCAAGGCGCCUACGGGGAUACCCCCACUAUUUCCAUUCGGGCCACCGAACCGCCACCCCUCCCAAUUCAAAAAGGCGGAGACAGAAACCCAGCGCUUCUCACUGCACAGCUUCGACGCGAAAUGGCUUUCCGGGCGUACCAAGGCACGCAAACCCCCGAAGAGAGGCAGCGAAUGUUAGAAGGGAGUUUCGGUAGAGACGCCAAACCCUCAACCGCUAAACCCGCAACAGAACUGCAGGAACUACUCGAUGCAAUGACAGUGCCUGAGUUGCUGCUGCUGACGAAGUGCUGCGGUAUCGUGGGCUCUGUAGUUGAAGGCCGCGUCUACUUAGAUGAGUUGCGGCUGUUAGUAGAAAACACUUUAAACAAAACGGGAGCAGCAGCAGCAGGAGGAGCAGCAGCAGGAGGAGCAGCAGCAGGAGGAGCAGCAGCAAAAGCAAAGGCGCCGCCUGCUGCAGCAGCACAGGCCGCAACCGGCCCGUAUAUAUCGUGCGAGCCGCACGUCUUCGCGUCUAUUGUUUGUUCGCUGGCGGAUUUAUGCGCCCUCUAUAGACUGCCUAACCUCUCAGCUACUUACUUCCACCAUUUUAUUUCUUUAAGUCGGAGUCUGUACACCUCAAACCCCUUGGCUGUCUCUGAUGCUCUGGCUGUUGUUGCUCUUCACUUCUUUCGUUCAAGAUUAUAUAAAGAGAGUUUAGAUAUAUUAACGGAAGUGCUGCAGCUGAGGAUUCAAGCCCUAGGAGAUGCAGACUCGCCAAACCCUCAUCCGAGGGUUGCAGAUGUCUAUGCAAACAUCGGUCUCGUACAGAGACUCCUCGGGAGCCCAGCGGAAGCAUUUCCGAAUCUUUUGACUGCUCUGGAUAUGCGCAUGCGGAUUCACCAAACGCGAGACUGCGAACCCGUACAGGACCUGGUGCUGGCUUUGGGCUGCAUUCAACACCAAGGGGGUCGCCUAAGAGAGGCUUUGGAGGCAUAUAAAGAGGUUCACGCAUUUCGCUGCAAGUGGUUGGGGCCCAGACACCCGGAUGUGCUGACGGUGCAGCAGCUCCUCCUCAUGCUCGAGGGGGACCUAAAGAAAGCUGUGGGCCGCAAGGAGGGUUUAGCGAUUGAGCGAGAAGGGGUAGUACCGCUGUAUGAUGAAGAAGAAGCAAGAAGAAAGGAACUGCUUGCAUUUGGCGAUCUUUCGUCUCCGCUACACCGAGAGUUUGCACCUUCUCUAGAGGCAUAUAAAAGACAACAAACCGGAAAAGGGAUGGUGGUGGGUGUUGGGAGGUGUGCUUUUUGGUUUAUGUUCAACAAGAAGCAGCUGCCUUUUUACUCUGUUGCACGACGAAGGGCUUUAUACGGAGAAGAGUGGAGGUCUAUGAUGAUUCCUUCCUGUGCAGUUUUACCUUAUGUUUCAGUGGUUGUUACGGGUCCGGAUACUUUGGAGUUGGCGGCGGCGUGUGAAUUUCAGGAGGGUUUGCACAUAGACAGGCCUUUGCUGCCUGUAGUAAAUACACCAGAGAUGUCUUUAGGGUUUAUUCAUAUUGUAGAGGGCGAAACAACGACACCCAGCGGCAUUAGAAUAAGCAGAGGCAAAGUGCAGGUGGUGAAGGGAGGCCUCGCGGCUGCCCUCAGAGGAGCUGCAGCCAAGGGCCCUCCUCCAGCAGGAGGCGGUGAGAAGCAGCCGCUGAGGAUUCAAGUUGCUGCUCAACCUACUGCUGCUGCACCUGACUGUCUCAGCAGCAGCAGCAACAGCAGCCGCAGCAGCAGUGGGACCGAGCAGCUGCAAGAACACAAGCAGCAGCAACAAGAAAAACAGCAGCAGAAGCAGGAAAUGCAGCAGCGCAUUCAGGGCAGUCGCGCUGCCGCUUCUGCAGCUGCUGUUGCUGCUGCUGCUGAUGUUGAUGAUGCUGCUCGUGGAGCUUCUGCGCCUGCUGCUACUGCUGCUGCUGUUAAAGGUGCUUCUCUUAGAAAGACAAAGCCUGCUGCAGUAGAGGCGCCUGCUGUUGCUGCUGCUGCUAGAGCUCCAGCAGCAGCAGCAGCAGCAGCAACAGCAGCAGCAACAGCAACAGCAAAAAUAACAAUGCCUACAACAACGGGGUCGAGAAAACCGGCCACGAAAUCUGCCAGCCGCACAGCAGCAAUAGCAGCAGCAGAAGCAGCAGCAGCAGCAGCAAAUCCAUCUGCAGCAAAAACAAAGGCUGCAGCGAAUGCGCAAGAAGGGAGAGUCUUAAGACUGCCUGCAGCAGCAGCAACAGCAGCAUCAAAACCAAAGAAAACAACCGCAGCAGCAACAGCAGCAGUGGCACCAACACCACUAGCAGCACCACCAUCAGCAGCAGCACCAGCCGCAGCACCACCAUCAGCAGCAGCACCAGCCGCAGCAGCACCAGCCGCAGCAGAACCAGCCGCAGCACCAGCAGCAGCAGCAGCAGCAGCAUCAGCAACCCCGCGAGGCAGUGGAGUGUUUGAUGCAGACGACUUUAGGGAGAGGCUGCUGCAGAAGCAGCAGCAGCUGCUGCUGGAGUCCCUCAACAACAAGCGAAUAACCCCCCGCAAUCAGCCACAGCAGCAGCAGCAGCAGCAGCAGCAGCAGCAGCAGCAAGAACCUGUACCGGUCAGGAAGCGGCUGGCCCUCCCUGAGGAGGAGGAUGUGCUGGGCCUCAUUAGGCAGCUGAGGCAGCAGGCAGCGCCCCCCAGCAGCAGCAGCAGCAGCAGCAGCAGCAACAGCAGGAGCAACACCGAGCGCAGUCUGGAAAAUGCAGAGCAGCAGCAGCAGCAAGAGCAGCAGUCGCGGCUGAAGCAACAAAUGCAGCAGCUUGGGACGGGGCCCCCCAGCCGCCACUUCUCGAGGCGCCCUGCAGCACCGCCUUUCUCGCGCAGCAGCAGCAGCAGCAACAGCAGCAGCAGCAGCAACGCCAGCAUCGCCCGAACGGGAAGCAGCAUGGAGGCAACUCCCCCCUUGGAUGUACGGCAGCGCACAUACACCGAAGAGCAGCAAAUGAAUAGAUGGCUGCAGCAACAACAAGAGCUGCAGCAACAGCUGCAGCAGCAGCAACAACAACAACAGCGGCAACGGCUGCAGCAGCAGCUGCAGCAACAGCAGCAACAGCAACGGCGGCAACGGCAGCAGCAAGGAAGCCAACGUACGCAGGAAGCCUUAAGACGAAGUGGCAGCAGCAGCAGCAGCAGCAGCAGCAGCAGCAACCGCCCAGGCAGCAGCAGCAUUGGAGCGCAGGCCCCACACCCUCGCAGGAAAUCGUUAAGGAGCCUCAGAAGGAGCAGCAGCAGCAGCAGCAGCAGCAGGGACAGCAGCAGCAGCAGCAUUGGCAGUGACUUCACCAUCAGCAGCGGAUCCAGUGCUGAUGAAUCUCCUAUUCGUGCGGUGCCUCCUCCCAGCAGCAGCAGCAGCAAGAGCAGCAGCAGCAGCAGCAGCAGCAGCAGGGGUAGGCGUUCUGCAGCAAGAACAAGGGCCCCCCUACAACCCCUCAUUUCUCUUCCUUCUGCUCGCCCUGAGACUGCGCCAGGCAGCCGCUUCUCGCAGACAGCUGCUGCUGCUGCUGCUGCUCCUACUGCUGCUGUUGCUGCUCCCGCUGGAGCUCCCGCAAGAGCAGCAGCAGCAGAAACAGCAGCGCGAGUUGCAGCAAGAACGACAGCAGUAAGAAAUGCAGUAGCACCAGCUGCGGUAGCAACACCAGCAGCAGCAGCAGCAGCAUCAUCAUCAUCAUCAUCAUCAUCUGAGGAUGUUGUCAGUGAGUUUGAGGGAGUGGAAGCGGAUUUCGCUGCUGACUCGGAGACAGCAGCAGCAGCAGAAGCAGCAGCAGCAGAAGCAGCAGCAGCAGAAUCAGAAUCAGAAGCAGAAGCAGCAGCAGCAACAGCAGCAGGAGAGAACAGCAGCAAAGUGUGGGCCCGGAGGCGGAGCUCUUUACGCAUCGAACCACUGGAUAAUGAUGAAGCGCCUCGACUUUCAGCAGCAGCAACAGCAGCAGCAGCAAGAGCAGCAGCAGCAAGAGCAGCAGCAGCAACAGCAGCAGCAUUAGGGACAGGAGAGGAUCUAGAGAGUGACUCUUCAACGGGGUCGCGUGAAGCAGAGCUCAGCGAUAUACCCCCAAGCCCUGUUGCUGCUGCUGCUGCUUCUCCCGCUGCUGCUGCUGCUGCUGCUACCCCUGCUGCUGCUUAUGCUGCAGCAGCACGAUUACGCAGCCAAGAGGGUGAUACAAACUUCUCAAACUCCCCAUUAGGGGCCCCCCAUGGGGCCCCCCUGGAAACCCUUUGGAGGGCCCCCCUGGGGGCCCCAAGCCGCAGGGGCCCCCUUUUAGGGGGGCCCCCUAAAGGGGGACCCCCAGGGGAGGGGCCCCCUAUAGGGGGGCCCCAUGAAUGGGGGCCCCCAAGGGGGGGGCCCCAUGAAUGGGGGCCCCUAAGGGGGGGGCCCCCGGGGGAGGGGCCCCCUGGGCUGUUAAUGAGAGAAGAGGGGCUGAGUGAGGGGCCCCCUGGUGUGGAAGAACAUAGAAGGGGGGCCCCUGAGAAGAGGGGCCCCCGGAGUAGACCGAUAUAUGUUAUGUCGUCAUCAGAAGAAGAAGAAGAAGAAGAAGAAGAAGAAGAAGAAGAAGAAGAAGAAGAAGAAGAAUAG